UUGUCUGCUGCUGUGCGCAUGCGCUGUCGCGUCCCUGAAAACCAUGUGCUCGGCCGUGCCGUCCUUCCGCCGCCACACGCCGGAUUGCCGCCGUUAGGUUUACGCCUUCUCGAAGCUUCUCGGGUCCAACUCGUGCGCAGCAUCAUGGCCGGUGCGGGCAAGCGCCUAAUCCCUCUGCUGGACCGCAUCCUGGUGGAGCGCUUCGUGCCGGAGGCGAAGACCAAGGGCGGCAUCAUGAUCCCGGAGAAGGCGCAGGCCAAAGUUCACAGCGCCACGGUCGUCGCUGUCGGACCCGGAGGACGCACAGAGUCUGGCCAGACCAUCCCAAUUGCUGUUAAGGAAGGUGACAAGGUCCUUUUGCCCGAGUAUGGUGGAACUAAGGUGGAGAUCGAAAACAAGGAGUUCUACAUCUUCCGAGACAGCGAUGUGUUGGGCAAGUGGGCUGACUGAGCCAGCUGUCUGCACCUGUCCAUAGUCAUAGUGCAUUUGCUGUUCAUGUGGCAGUGAGCACACCCAGUGUGCAGCUUGGACCAGACUGCCCUCUUUUUUUUCAUUCUUUUUAUACAUAAUAAAUCGUCACCACCCUGUACAGGAAAGGA